AUGCUGCCGGCGAGUCGGUUUUACGGCGCUCAAACGUAUUUGCCUCCGCUUCAAAGGAAGUUUCUGUCAGAUUUUAUUAGAAAUGACGAUUCUUUAUCCCGAGCAACAUCGAAGCGUAAAAAUUGUAAAGAAAAUAUGGAAAAGCAAAAAUUGAGUCAUGUGUCUACACCGAAUAAGAAUUCGGCUGAACAGCGGAAAAUGACAAAGCGGUCAACAGUGAGGCGGCGGCUUGGUCGUUCGGCGAAGCCUGUGACAGGCAAGAUUAAUAACUCUGUCACAUAUAGCAAGUCCAUGAACAUCGAGAAGCCAACAAACACUGUCGGCGAUGGUCGCGACUUUGGCACCGACAUUUCCAAUGAAGCCGCGAAGCCGAUUGUGACCGCAGUAAUAGCCGGCGAUCAGAGUGAUUACGGGAUUUCUUCUGAUGAAGGUAACUUCUGA